CAGCCAUCCAACACCGAUCUUGCACCAGAGCCUCCUCCGGAAUCGAGAUCGGCUCAAAGGUCAUCAGCGCGCAUCCGUAGCAAUGUCGACACCAUCAUCGGCCCUCAUCUCGGCUCCAGCCCAAUCCAGCGCCGUCAGCAUCUCGAGCCAUCAAAAUGCAGUGACGAUACUUCCGAUCAAACGCACAUCGGCAUUGAAGGCGCCGAUUCUUCUCCUGGAAGGCCACGGAGGCGAGGUUUUCUCCAACAAGUUUAGCCCAGAUGGACAACACAUCGCCUCGGGAUCGUUCGAUCGCAGCAUAUUCCUAUGGAACACCUAUGGAGACAGCGAGAACUAUGCUGUGCUGAACGGCCACGCUGGCCCCAUUCUGGAACUGCACUGGUCUCGCGAUGGAAGCCAUCUGUUUUCAGCUUCGACGGACAAAACGCUGGGCAUCUGGGACACCCACACCGGUACCCGGGUCAAAAAAUUCAAGGGACACACCAACUUUGUCAACACCUGCUGCCCAUCGAGGCGCGGGACAGAGCUGCUCGUGAGUGGCUCUGACGACUGCAGCGCCCGGAUCUGGGAUGCUCGUGAAAAGCACGCUGUGCAGUCGUUCGCCGAGCAGUAUCCCGUUACGGCAACAUGCUGGAACGAGGAUGGAACAAUCGUGUUUGUGGCCGGCAUUGACAAUGAAAUCAAGGCCUACGACUUGAGAAAAAACGAGAUCGUGUACAGACUCAAGGGCCAUCUGGACACCGUCACGGGCCUCAGAUUGAGCCCGGAUGGCACUUCGCUCCUGAGUAAUGCCAUGGACAACACCAUCCGGACCUGGAACGUCAAGCCCUUUGCCGUAGACACCAAUCGGAUGCUCAAGAUCUUCGAGGGUGCUCCGCACGGAUUUGAAAAGAACCUUCUUCGGCCGUGCUGGUCCUCCGACGGCGAUUUUAUCGCAGCGGGCAGCGCAGAUCGCUCUGUCGUGGUGUGGGACGUCAAGACCCGCAAUAUCAAGUACAAGCUGCCUGGGCACAAGGGCUGCGUCAACGAAGUAGACUGGCAUCCCACGGAGCCCAUUAUUGUCUCUGGCAGCAACGACAAAACCAUGUUUGUUGGCGAACUCGAUCCUGAGGAUGUGAGACACAUCUAAAUCCUGUCGAAUGCGUCGCAGGAGCGGAAGGCUGUUGGAGUGGGGGGGGGUGAUCAGCUCGGUUGAUCCGUAUAUGCCCCAAAAGCAAACCUGCAGAUGAAUAGACACCCGUUGGAUUGUCCCUUUGA